CAGCUUGCGUCUGUCGCCGCGCGUGACUCUGCCAGCUCCCACCCGGCGGCGAUUCCUGGGCUCCCGCAGUCUCGCCUCUCUCGCGACAUGUUAUAGCCAUCUUUUACGCCUACCCGACAACUGCAUCAGCUCGGCCGGCGCUCCUCCGUUCGGCGUCUCCCUCUGAGACCCUUCCAUCAUGAGCGAUCUCGACAAAGCGAUUGCGCAACUGCGCUCAUGCCGUCCCAUCCCAGAAGACCAGGUGCGGGAGCUCUGCCACCGCGCCAGAGAGCUCCUCAUCGAGGAGGGCAACGUCGUCACCGUGACGGCGCCGGUAACAAUAUGCGGCGAUAUCCAUGGCCAGUUCCACGACCUGAUGGAGCUGUUUCGCGUCGGCGGCGAUGUUCCCGACACAAACUACCUCUUCAUGGGUGACUUUGUCGACCGUGGCUUCUACUCCCUCGAAUCCUUCCUCCUCCUCCUCUGCCUCAAAGUUCGAUACCCAGACCGCAUGACGCUCAUCCGCGGCAACCACGAGUCCCGCCAGAUCACGACGGUGUACGGCUUCUACGACGAGUGCCUGCGCAAGUACGGCAGCGCAAACGUGUGGCGCUACUGCUGCGACGUAUUCGACUACCUCGCCCUCGGCGCCAUCGUCCUCGGCGCCUCCAGCACGCUGUCUCCCGGCUCGCCAGACGACGACGACACCGAGAUUGAAGUAGGCGGGCUCCAUCAUCAGCCGACGGGCCCGCCGGGCUCGGGAGCGUCCGGCUCGAGCAGCGGAAGCGUGGGAAACCCCACGGGGGCCAUCCUCUGCGUGCACGGCGGACUCAGCCCGCUGGUGGACACUGUAGAUAAGAUCCGGCUCAUCGACCGGAAGCAAGAGGUGCCUCACGAGGGCGCCAUGUGCGACCUGCUGUGGUCGGAUCCGGACGAGAUUGACGGCUGGGGCCUCUCGCCGCGCGGAGCUGGGUUCCUGUUUGGGGCUGACAUCGUCAAGGUCUUCAACCAUCGGAACGACCUCAGCCUCAUUGCCCGCGCGCACCAGCUUGUCAUGGAAGGUUUUAAGGAAAUGUUUGAUGCUUCCAUCGUCACCGUCUGGUCCGCGCCCAACUACUGCUACCGCUGCGGCAACGUCGCCGCCGUGCUCGAGCUCACCGAGGACGAGUCGGGCACGGGCAUCUUCCAGAGGACAAACGGCGACGUCGGCCGCAGCUCGGGGGGCGUCGUCGAGUCGAGGGGCGGGCCAAAGACGGGACCAGCGCGGCGGUACCGCGUGUUCCAGGCUGCACCGCAGGACUCGCGGGGGAUGCCUGCCAAGAAGCCGGUUGCAGACUACUUUCUGUGAGGGAAACAUAUCUGUCAACGAGUUAUUGUCUUGGCGUUUGGGGGAUUCUGAAGUAAUACAAUACAUGGCACAAUAGA